CGUUAUUUAGUAAACAACGUUAGGGAAACUUGGUUCGACAACUGGUGGAAGAGCAAAUCUAAAAGCAAAAAAACAAAAUAUGAACAAAUUUCAAUUAUAUUUAUCCCUGAUUUACGGUGUUAUACCUUAUGAGCGUUUAAAUGUUAAAGCAAAUAUUUUCUUUAGCUACGUGCAUAUGUAUGUAGUGCCCGCUUUAUAUUUGAUUUGUUUUGGAAUCAUAACACUCGGUGAUUAUGCCGUCUAUAAGCAUGAAGGUUGUGACAGUAUUUGUCGUUUGGCCAAUAUACUAUUCGUGCAUUUGGGUUUGUGUCUGUAUGUUUUGACACAUAUUCUUACUCUAUGGAGACGUAAACAAUUCUUUAUUGAAUUUGAAAAAUCUCUAUAUGCUAUCGAUAUACAUCUUCGUAAAUGCGAUGAACUGGGCGUUAAACAGGUGGAAAAGAAAAAGAACUUCAAGUAUAAGUAUUAUAUCACCUGGUUUGUGGUUGUUGCUUGCUUUACCUUUGCCAUGGCUUAUGAUAUCAAGGAAUUGAUUUUUUAUUAUCGCGAAUUAUUUUUCAUUGUGUUUAUUGUCUCGAACUUUCCUUAUACUUCGUCCAGCAUUGUUUUGGGUCAAUUUGUUUAUUACGUUUCGGAAAUUUCUCAACGUUUUAUUAAGCUUAAUGAGCUGUUCGAGAGAAUUAAUCGUGAGAGUGAACGUAAACAUGCUCCUUUAAUGAUAUUCGAUAUUGAAUCAGAGAUUAAGAAAGAAAUGCCUUCUAAUCAAGAGUUAAGACAACGUCAUGUUGUGGAUCAUAUUUCAAUUAAUGAAGAUAGUGACGAAUUUAACGAUGACGUGGAUGAUGAUUUAAAUGAUGCCGAAACUAUUCCGGCCGAUAGUCCCACCUCUGAAACCAAUCUACCCGAACUUUUUAAGAUACACGAUAAAAUUCUCUCGCUCUGUGUAAUCACUAAUGCCCAAUAUGGACCGCAGUGUGUACCCUAUAUGGCCGUAUGCUUUGUCAUUGCUAUCUUUGGCAUAUUUCUACAGACGAAAGUGUACUUUGUUGUUGGUGGCAAAAAUCCUAUACUCGACUAUAUGGUCUUUAUCUAUAUGCUGUGGAGUAUGUCAUUGAUGCUGGUGGCAUAUUUAGUUUUACGUCUGUGCUGUAAUGCCAACGGCUUUUCAAAACAAUCGGCCAUGAUUGUCCAUGAGAUAAUGCAAAAGAAACCGGCCUUUAUGUUGGGCAAUGAUGUCUACUAUAAUAAAAUGAAAUCGUUUACGCUGCAAUUUUUACACUGGGAAGGAUUUUUCCAGUUCAAUGGUAUUGGCUUGUAUACUUUGGAUUAUACGUUUAUAUUUUCGACCGUCAGUGCUGCUACUUCGUAUCUGAUUGUGUUGCUACAAUUCGAUAUGAGUUCAAUAUUGAGAACGGAAGGCUUAAUGUAAUUUACUAGCGAUUGCCUUU